CGUUGCCCCCCCCCCCCGCCGGAGGGACUUUGCGCAUCUUGUUGAUGUCACAAGCCGUCUCUCGGGCGUGAAUGCUUUGCGGCAGCAGCAGGAGGUUAAGUGUUUAUAUGAACACACGCUGAAGUGCCUGCUGAGAGGCGCUGGGCUCGACCCCCUUUUCGCUACUCCAGACGCCCCAAGGGGCUCCGUUCCUAACUCUCACGCCUCCUCCUUCAUUCCUUUAACUAGUCCUGAACCAUUUUAAGAAAAAAUUGAAUUCUUUUCUUUUUUGUACAGAAUCUGCAAUUCCGAUUCGAAUCACAAUUUUUUUUAAAUUAAGUUUAAUUGACUAACAUGACAGAAAAUUUGAGCUGUAAAAAUUAAUUCAUUCAACAGUUAAUUGCAGUAAUUAUUCGUUAUUUUCUGUAGCCAUUCAUGCAAACAAGCAUUUAUCCUGCUUUUAAUUUGUAAAUCAUCUAAAUUGAUUUAAAAAAGAAUCGUGAGUACCUUUCGUACCAUCGUUGAAAUAUUUUAUUGCUGUUUUUUACUCACUGAACAAUAUCAAAUCAACAAGAACAACUGGUUACUAAACAGGAAAUGGGAAAAAUACCUUUGCGAUACCCUUUUUGCAAAACAGAUUGAUAUCAAAUCAACGGCUAGAAUAAUAAUUGAGCCGAUUAAUAAUCGUUUCUGGAAACUCCGAUACUGACAGAAAAUUCCAUCAUACCACCAGAAAAUGAACAAACGGCACCGUGACGUGAAUGACAUUAGCCGGGAUCAAAAAAAAACUCGGUUUCUUAAUGCAUGCAUAGUCGAGUGGGGAUUUCAUAGACUAGCUCAUCUUCAAGCAUGUGUCAAGUGUUCAGGUGCGCACGUAGCUGCUUUGGGCAUGUCCGUUGCUUGGCUACGGAAUAUUAUGGUGAGAAAGUGGUGCAUGUAUGUGAUGGCCUCAGAAGGCUGCGUAGGCGAGUGUGUGCUGCAUGUAUGUGCGUGUGUCAGCCCUAAUCUGUUCACCCGGACUGGCGGCUCUACUCUCUGAUUGGCUGAUUUAAUGUAAAUAAUAAGUGAGGCAAGUGAUAUUUUUUUAUCAGUGAUUUUUUUUUCUUUAUAAGUGAUGUAGUAAGAGCACUUGAAUUAAAUCUGCCUUAAUUAUCUUCUCCAUCCAUGAUGACAUAAUGAGUCCAACUUCUUGAAACUUUUUUUCCCCCCCAAUUUGGUGCUUCUGUGACACCGGUGAACACAAAUGACAAAGGGGUCCGCCGGUUAGGACAGUGCUGACAUUUUACGGUUGCCGUCUUCCGUGACGUGAAUGGCGAAUCCAAACGCUUGACCUUUUCUUGAGGGGUUUUCCGCAAUAGGAGAAGCGAUGUCUGGCCACCUAAUAAUGUGAUAGUCACAGCUGCUUGUCACAUUCCUCAUGUCGUCUUCGGAGGAUUGAAUCGGAAUGGCAAUUUCGCCCCGUGCAGCAUUCCUGCAUCUUGACCUUCUCGGCGAAACAAUAGUUCUUUUGUCUGGAUUACUCUGAAUCCUCCCUCUGUCGGAAAACAAUGAAACAAGCAGCAGUGCCGGUUUGAACCAGGAGCUGUCAGGUCAGACACACACUGUGGUAGAGGUCAUCUUAUCCGCUUCAAGUAAUGCGUGCGCUUCAUUUCUCAUCUCGCCGGACUUACUUUGUAUACAAUGACAAUAAAUUUAUUUUCAGUCCUCGGAUCAAAUGAAUGAGAGAAACACAGAUGGAUUUGGAAAAAUAGCCCCCAUCCAUCGCCACUUUUGCAUCCAUGACAUCAGGUGGCCUCGCACACUUGGCUGUGUUCGUUUUUAGCCAAUGUCAGAAAGAGUGAGUCCUCCCACCCCUCCCAUUCAGACCGCUGACAAGCUGUCGGCUCCAUUCAACUUGAACUAGUCGGCUAAAUGGGGCCAAGUCUGCUGGCGGGCCCGACGCUAAGCCCCCAGACCCACACCAUGUCCCUGAGCUUACGACGGCCAACGGCGCUGAUAAUGUACUCUCUCAGCUGUGGCAGAUAAGGUGACAAAAGGGUGUGUGUCUUUUGCUGGUCUGUGUGUGGUGUGUGUGUGUGUGACAGAAGGACAGAAAUAGCGGCUCGAAGAGUGUCACAUUGAGCACGACCCCACCCCAGUGUGAAGCAGCUGAUUAACAUGAGAAGGCCGAUGUGUUUCCAUUGUACCUGCUCGCUGCUCUCCCUUGGUGCAAUUAGUAAAGGAAACGAGAUCACUUCUCCUGCACUUCCUUCCUUCCUGCGCUUCCUUCCUUCCUGCGCUUUCUUCCUUCCUGUGCUUUUUUUCCUACCUUCCAUCCUUCCUUCCUUUUUCCACUUUUCUGACAGCAUUAUUUGCCUAUAUUCACAUUACCCAUAAAAAAAAUAAGAUGUCAAUCCAAAAUGUGGCACACACACUAUAUUGGCAGCGCACGCACACUCUGUGAGUCUUGUCACGCCAGUUGCCACGGUGAUUAGACACAGUCAUGCCUGCCAUUCCGCAUCAACCUGCAGGGGGAUGUUACUACUGGAACAUUGCGACUCCUCCAGGCUGCUGUUUUAUUUUUAUGCUAUACCCGUCACUCUUGUCAUGUCACACAAGCAAAGUGGAAGUCAGUCUUUGCACGGUGUUUGUACCUGGAGCUAGCUAGCGUGUCGAACGAGGCAGUCGAUGGAUGUCGACAGUAAAUCAUGGCCGUCACUGCUUUCCACUUUGUACCCUGGGUCCUGCAGAGCUCGCCCGGCUUGUUUGUAAAAUUCAAAAUUCAAUCUUCAACAUAACUAAGAAUCAAUAAGAGGCUGCCCCCCCCCCUCACUUCCCAAACAGUAUUUUUAAGAUUACAAUUUUGCUUUUUCUGAUUUUCACAAGCUGCUUUAUUUUUAUGUUUGGACUCAGUCAGUCACCUGAAGGCAAGCUAUUUUCUGCAUUUUUUGUUUUUGUUGCCUUUCUGCAUAUUUGAUACAAGGCUGGACAUUUCUUUGGGCUUUAGGCAAGUCCUUGAUAUUUAUGUUUUUAACAAUGAGAAUGCAAAACACCCUUUGAAAGACCCCCGAUGCCCCGCUACCUCGCCUCGCUGCCAUUUCAUUCUCCAGACUGCAAAGAUCCUUUCAGUAUGAAUGCUCAUUAUAGAAGAGAAUACUUUGCAUUUGAGGUCUGUGCACAUUUUAUGUGUACUUAUUUGAAUUUGGUGCUUUGGCCUUUCACUCUUUUGUAAGCCGCUUAAGUUACAGACAGCAACUUUGUUUAUAAUAUUAAAAUGCCUUGAAGUAAAAUGGCUUUUAAAUUGAAUUGUGUUUAAUUCCAACAGGAACAGUAUAAAACAUUUUUUUAGGAUGGAUGGGAAGCCACUCUGUCUCCAGACUCGCUUUCACUUUGUGUCGAAAUCAAUUGUUGCUGUCAGACAAGUAAGCACACAUCACGCCAGAUAACGGACAUAUUUAGGAGUAUUAUUUUGUUAAUGUGUGUGUUUGUUGUGUGUUGUGUGUGGGGGGGAGGUGUUCGGUGAGGGUCUUGGAUUGAACUAUAAUCCUUUUGCCCUGGUUGGAAAUGACCCUCUUUGGUCUGGUGCAAACAAUAUGACACAAUAUGACAAUCAGGACACACACACACACACGCGCUUAACCCUUCCUUCAUUGUCUUAGUCGUGACAUUCACUGCAUCGUGUUUUUUCUUCAUCAUGGGCAAAUGCCUGCAGCAGAAAGUGGCUGAUUUGCUGCAACACAAGGUUGGUUGGCUCUUUUUGUGAACUAAAACUUAGCUUUUACGUAAAACGUGUGUGUGUGUGCCUAGAAUAGUUGUGGUGCGGUGUGUGGUGUGCUUUCCUGGGGACAAUAUUGUGCGAGUUAAGAGAUGCAGUGCAAGUUUAAUCAUAGUCAGCCUGUUUCUUUUUUUCCUCAUCAGGGAACCAAUAUGUAUAUUCCGCCUCCUCUGCAGCAGAUGCGAAAUAUUUUUGCCCGUCCUCAUGUCUCGUUUAAGUGCACUUGCCUAGUAUGAUUAUUUACUUUUUUUUUUAGACAUUGAGAACAGUAUGUGCAUCUCCCACACACAAUCAACAUUCUGUUUACUGCCUGGUGUCACACAACAAACUGAACUGGUUCAAAUGUGUCAGCGUGGGUGGGGAAGAUAUUGUACUACUUUCGUGUUUAUUAAAUUCAUCAGCACUCAUAUUUUUAACUACUUUUUCUAGGAAAAACGAAAUAAAUUGUGAAUAUACACUACUAACAAAGCAAUAUUGGCAGUGUGUCGGUCGAAAUUCCUUAGUUUCGUUGGGCCACAGGGAAAAGAAAAUGGACGCUUGCCAAGUUCCAUGUUGUUGCCUGAUGUCCUACUGACUAUUUGGCAAACAGUUUCUGACAGCCGUGAGAGGCAUAAUUUUAUAUUAUGACGUGGACAAUUCGGGCUUUAUCAGUACCGAGCGCUUCAGGGACCUUUUGGCGACGCAUGGCUCCGAGCUGGACCCCCACAAGCUCGAAGUCCUCUUGGCCCUGGCAGAUGGUAACGCAGAUGGAAAAAUCUGCUACCAGGAUUUCGUCAACCUGAUGAGCAACAAGCGCUCCAAUAGUUUCCGGAGGGCAAUCCUCCAGGGGGGCAGGCACUUAAAAGGCAACAGUCUCCGAGAUGAGGUCGGCCUGGGUCUUUCCCAGCGCCUGGUCCGACAUGUCGCUUAUGAGACGUUGCCGCGUGAAGUGGAUCGCAAGUGGUAUUUUGACAGCUACAAUUACUGGCCCCCACCAUGGCUGAUCCUGACCAUCACCAUUCUUGAGGUAGUCGUGUUUUUUUAUUAUGGGUGUCAUCUGGACCGCCUAGUUCUGCAGGUAUCCAGCUCAUCAUUCCUUAAGAGUCCUCUACCUUACCACCCGCAGCUCCGGGCCCAGGCCUGGAGGUACCUCAGCUACAUUUUCAUGCACACCGGUAUUGAACACCUGAGCCUGAAUAUGGCCAUGCAGCUGCUGGUGGGAGUCCCCCUGGAGAUGGUCCACGGGGCGGCGAGGAUCGGACUGGUCUACGCGUGUGGCGUCUUGGCAGGCUCUCUGGCCGUGUCCGUCACUGACAUGACGGCUCCCGUGGUCGGUUCGUCUGGUGGGGUGUACGCUCUGGUUUCUGCUCACCUGGCCAAUGUCGUCAUGAACUGGUCCGGCAUGAAGUGUCAGUUUAAAUUAUUCCGGAUGGCCAUGGCUCUGGUGUGCAUGAGUGUUGAAUUUGGCCGGGCGGUGUGGCUCCGCUUUUACCCGCCAGCAUUUCCUCCUUGCCCCAACCCCAGCUUUGUAGCUCACUUGGGCGGGGUGAUGGUGGGUCUCACCCUGGGCGUGGUGGUCCUGCAGAACUACGAGCAGCGGCUUCAGGAGCAAUCCCUCUUUUGGAUCUUCUUCUGCGUCUACACUUUGUUUGUGCUCUGCGCCGUGUUCUGGAACAUUUUUGCCUACAGUUUGCUUGAAGUGCGAUUGCCUCCACCACCAUGACACCAUUGUCGUGAUGAAGUAGCAUCAGUUGUGACAGAGGCGGGAUGUAGCAGAACUGUGUACGCUUGUUCCCCAUUUUGAUCUUCUGUAUGAGGACAGCACAGUGAGGAGUGGUUAUUACAUGUGCCUCGCACUUAAAAGGUUCAAGGUUCCAUAGUGAGCUUCGGCCUUCCAGUGUGGAGCACUCUCUCUGCUCUGCUUCCACCCACAAUCCCAAAACAUCACUUACGUAUUUCUGCAUUUGCUUUUGCCAAGUGUGGCAGUUUUAUUUAUUGCUAAUUCAUUUUUGAACUUAAUUUCCAAACGAGCUAAUCCACUCCUUUCCUUUGACGUCUCUCGUUUCUUUUCUGCAAAUGCUUGAAUGUUGAAGAGGUUUACUGAUAGAUGUUAUAGCACCACCUCCUGCUUUGGCAUGAACUUGCAGCCCAAACGCUCCAAAACCACUAAUAUUAGUGAUAAUGAUACCUUUAUUUUUGACAUGAGGAUAGGAAUUUUAUUUUUAAAUUCAUGUGUAUGUGGACAUUAGUCUCUUGCUACACUCAACCCGAUGGUGCCUACUCAUGACUUGGGAAAAGUAAAUCUGCACAACUCAUUUUGUCAUCACGAGAGGUUUGCUAUUUUGGAUUAUUGUGAACUAUAUUUUGCAAUAAAACAUGCAAACUUGGAGAGUUUUUCAUUGUGCAGCAGCGACAGGCAUAAGGUCACCAUUAUGGUUAAUUUCAAGUUCAUAAAUUGUGAGAUGACACAGUUCCAUUUCAUCAUAAGGCUUUUUUAUAUUCAAUGUCCUCCAAACCUUAUCCAUGUGUCUCUGACCUUGUUUGUAACAACUGCAUCAAAAUGUGUGUAUACAGCUCAAUACAUAAGCACAAGUGCCAUUCAGAAAUGAUAAGCUUUCAGAUGUGAUGCCAAACUGUUGUGUUUAGAGAUUGUGAACGUCUGCUGAUUUUAAUUGUUGUUGGUAUGAUGGCGAUCUGUAUUAUGACAACAAAACAAACAGCUGCCCCUCAAGUGUGACUUUGACUCACUGAAGCGGUGUUAGUUCACACUCAAGUCAUGAUGCAAACAAUUGGAAAGAGUUGUUGUAUUGAUUUGAGUUUUCGUUGGUACUGUAAUUUUAACCAUGUUACUCUGGUAACUGCUUCGCACAAAACUGAUUCAUGUAUAUUUAAACACAGAUUCACAUGUUUGCUGUUUUUAAUCCGAGAUAUUGAUAUGUUGCGUGCAUUGUGUGGCCUGUCUGCAUUGUAUAUAAUAUCUUGUAUGCCUCCUAUUUAAAAGUGAGUCUGAAAAUAGUCUACAUAUAUAUCAUCGGGACUGUGACACGUCACUAAUGUGAUGGGUACUAAUAUUUUAACAUUGUGGAUAUUUUGUAGAUUUGAUAUGUAAAUACUGGAGUAAUUAAACCAUUUUAUACAGAAACAAAACUGUUGAUUAUUAUUAAAUAUCUAUACAUACA